UAUGAAAAUGAAGAGUCCCUUAUGUUGACCUUGAACCCACAAACAUGGCGUCGAAGAAUAAAUACACGGUAUUGCUGCCAACAUACAACGAGCGAGAAAAUCUCCCAUUGAUAGUUUGGUUGUUGGUUAAAUGUUUUUCUGAAAGUGGCCAUGACUAUGAGGUGAUUAUCAUUGAUGAUGGCAGCCCUGAUGGAACACUGGAUGUUGCAAAGGAUUUACAGAGAAUAUAUGGGAAAGAAAGAAUUGUCCUCCGGCCGAGGGAAAAGAAACUUGGACUUGGGACAGCCUACAUCCAUGGCAUCAAACAUGCUACAGGAAACUUUAUCUUUAUAAUGGAUGCUGAUCUCUCACAUCACCCCAAAUUCAUUCCACAGUUCAUUGAGAAGCAAAAGACGAAAGAUUAUGACAUUGUGCUUGGAACCCGCUAUGCAGGUGAUGGUGGUGUGUUUGGCUGGGAUUUGAAGCGAAAGUGCAUUAGUCGCGGUGCUAACUACAUCACACAGGUGCUGCUGCGUCCUGGAGCCUCGGAUGUAACUGGCAGCUUCAGGCUGUACAAGAAGGAUGUGCUGGAACGCCUCAUCCACUCGUGUCUGUCCAAGGGCUAUAUGUUCCAGGUGGAGAUGAUCAUCCGAGCCCGGCAGUUUGGAUACACAAUAGGAGAGGUUCCCAUCUCAUUUGUUGAUCGAGUGUAUGGAGAAUCGAAACUUGGAGGGAGCGAGAUCGUUGACUGGAUCAAAGGCACUCUCUACCUGUUCGCAACAACAUGAAAAUGAUGUGGUCCUUGUUAAUAAAUCUAUACUAUGCUGUUA